AUGGAGUCAAUCGAAGCAGCCAACACCUGCUACGGAAUACCAUCCCGGGUGAGAUAUGACCGGGGUGGUGAAAACAACUGUAUCUGUGCCUUCAUGGAGCAGUUCAGGGGUGGUGAGAGGGAAAGUGCCCUCAGGGGAAGGAGCACUCACAACCAGAAGAUAGAGCGGCUGAGGGGGGAUGUCUGGCAUGGAGUCGUUUACCAUGUUUACCAUGACCGGAUCACCUUCUUGGAGACAGAGCAGAUCAUCAACAUCAACAAUGAGGUUCACCUGUGGGCACUGCACUUUAUGUUCCUGUCACGGGUGAACAGAGAUCUUGCUUUGUUUCCCAGACAGUGGAACCACCAUGGGCUGAGGACUGAACAACGGCAGUCACCUCUGCAGUUCUUCGUCUCAGGUGCCCUAG